CAGGUAACAAGUUUAGUUUUGUCAUGUAUCCCCUUUAAGAAAUUAUAUAUUUGUGGUGCAGGGAGCAGUUUAUAGCAGAAUGUGUGUUGUGUAAAUUCAUGUGACCUAUGUCCGAUCUAGAGGAAGCUUUGUGUUUUUACUGCCAGAGUGAGAGUAAUUGCAGUGCUUUGGGUGUGUUCAACACAGGGAACAAUCUCCCCAGACAGGCAACAAGUUCUCUCCUCAUCAGAAUUGCUGCUGACAGCUCUGGGAACAUGAAAACUGUGCGCUGCUCCUAUGCUCCGCUGGAGAAUAACCUUGAUGAGGCACUCUCCAGCGAUGACUCGGAUUUUGAAUGCGUUCAUGAGUCCGAAAAACCAACAGAGAUGAAAGGGAAAGCUAAAGAAGAGCAGUGUGACCCCGUACUGAUUGGCAAGAGCCAGAUUUUAGGGCUGGAUGACAUCAGGCAGAUUGGCCAGCAUCUUCCCCCGAGGGUUCUGGGAUCGAGCUGGAAGCUGAUGUAUAACACAGAGAAACAUGGUUUCAGCCUAAAGACUAUGUAUCGAACCAUGAACUCUGUCAGCUCGCCCGUACUACUGAUUGUGAAGGAUAACGAGGGGAAGGCGUUUGGGGCCUACUCUACAAUUAAACUCCGCAUCAGCAGUAAUUUCUAUGGUACAGGGGAAACUUUCCUGUUCAGUUACUCACCAGAUCUACAGGUGUUCCGAUGGACGGGUGAAAAUACAUUCUUUGUAAGAGGUGAUGUCGAAUCCUUAACAUUUGGAGGAGGAAAGUGUGGAAGCAUCGGCCUAUGGCUGGAUGGAGAUCUGUAUAAUGGAAGGAGCCAAAGAUGCGAAACUUUUGAUAACCAGAUUCUGUCUACCUAUGAACAGUUCUACAUACACAGCCUGGAGGUCUGGGCUUUCACCUGAACUCUCAUCAUCUCUCUCUUGCCCAAGACACACUGGCAUCUUCUCUGCCGGCGGAGAAAAUGCCCAGCAGACCAUCAGUCCAUCUGGAAUGCUGCAGAACUCUGUACUGUGAAUGGAUUUGUGCUGGAAACCAACAACCAGCUUUAAACUUCAUAACAAGCUACCAUGUACCAUCCGUCUGUAUGGGUUUCUUUUCAGACCUUUAAAGGAGACUUAUGUAAAAAAAACAAGACUGUGCCAGUGCAUUAAAAUUAUAGAAGGAAUGUG